AUGCCUCUGCAAAUAGAGAAUAUGGUGUAUUUUUUUUGGAGGAUUGGGAACCAGGAGAUAGUAAAGUACGGGAGGAUUACGGUUAGCCUUUCGGAAUUCCCUGUACCUGUACCCACUGGUAACCGACCUCCAGCGGGCAAGAAAGCCAAGAGAGAUCAAUGUUAUCCAACUAUUGCUGUACGUAACCCUGAUUACCUGCACAGGUCAGACUUUUCAUCUUGGCCAAUAGCUUACUGUAUGCAGCACUCCUGUGCACAGCAAUAUUAUCGUGCGCCUUAUAAAGCUGCCUUGAGUUAG